AUGUCAUCCUCUAAACACUCUUUUCAUCCUGCUCUCACGGUGUCUAAUAUCAAGAACCACGUUUCCAUCAUUCUUGACAUGGAUACGGAACAAUAUUCCACUUGGGCGGAAUUGUUUAAGGUUCAUGCAAAAUCUCAUAAGGUUUUGCAUCAUAUUAUUCCUCCUGCCAAAGGCAAGGAAAAAGCAAAAACAAAGGAUUCUUCGUCCACUGAUGAUGAUGAUGAAGAUAUGUGGUCCACUCUUGAUGCCACAGUCCUUUCUUGGAUUUAUGCCACAAUUUCGAAUGAUCUCUUGCAUACUAUUAUUGAACCUGAUGCAACUUCCAUGGAGGCAUGGAAUCGAUUGCGUGACAUAAUCCAGGAUAACAAGCAUUCUCGUGCCGUCACUCUUGAGCAUGACUUCUCCACCACUCAAAUGGCGCACUAUCCUAAUGCUUCUGCUUAUUGUCAGCGAUUGAAAUCGUUGGCUGAUCAAUUGCGGAACGUCGGUGCUCCGAUGUCCGACAAUCGUCUUGUGCUUCAAUUAGUUUCUGGUCUCACAUCCGCAUUCCGUGGUGUGGGUACUCUGAUUCGUCAGAGUGACCCCCUUCCGCCAUUCUACCAGGCUCGGUCCAUGCUUACUCUCGAGGAGGCCGGCAUGGCCAAGGAGGCGGCAAUGGGCUCGGAUUCUGCUAUGGUGGCUGCUGCUCCGAAUGAUGACUAUGACUCGUCCUCUGUCUCUGCUCAUACAGGACAUUCCAAAGGUCAGCAGGGCCGAAAACAUCAGGGAGGCCGAAAGAACUCCGGUGGUGGUCGUGGGAACGGCGGUACGAAAUCAGGCCGUGGUGGUUCCGGUGGCAAAUCUGGUCGGGGCAAUGGUGGUCAAGGUUCCGGUCAGCAGCAACAACAAGGCGGGCAACAGCAAUGGUCUCCUGGUUGGCCACCAUACCCGCAGUACCCUCAAUGGGCAAACCGUGGGCCUGGGGUAUUGGGUCCGAGACCUCAGCAAGCUUAUAUGGCUUCUUCUCCAACUGGUCAAUCUACUUAUGAUCCCACAGACAUUGCUUCAGCUAUGCACACCAUGACCCUUAAUCCUCCUGAUAUGUCUUAG